AUGGCCCCUCUACCUCUCUUGACCCUGAGCAUGGUGGGAGGGCAAAGAAAGAAUAAGGAAGAAGCAGAUGCAAGAAGGGGGGAUUAUGAAAUGGCAGAAAGGGGGACAUGGUUGAGAGUGGAAAUCUGCGUCAUAUUCGCAUGUUCCAUCCAACCUUUGUUCCUUCUCCUGUCCAACGCGCCUCUCUUCCGUUUCAUGUCUUCCCCCAAACUCUGGCCUGUCUCUACGCAAACAAUCUUCAUCGCAGCCCAUCUCACCGUCCACAUCCCUCCUCCCUUCCCACUUUGCCCCAUGAUCACUUCCAACCCAUCCUUUCCUUCCUUCACGCUUGUCGCUCCUGACAUCACCUACUUCGUCCUCCCACAAGGUCGUAUUCCCUCUUCCUCCACUUCUACCCCUCCCUUCGUUCCCAAACCGUCCUUUCUCCCGUGCAGAAUCACUUCCAUAUGGACUGCUGCUGCGCUUUUCCCCAUACACAGCAUCCCACCCUCGAUCUCUCUGUGCCUCGAGUUCAUCAUCGCUGCUAUGCUCUCUACUGCUCCCUCUCUGUCCUCGUCGCAAAGGCAAGAUCUGCCUCUCUUGCCUACAACUACCACUGCUGGUUCUCAAGUUUUUCCUUCUUUGUGUGGCUCUCUUCUCAUGCUCUCCUCUCCUUUCGUGCCCUCCUCUCCUCUCAUGGUCUCCUCUCUUGCCGUCCUCUCCUCUAUUCCUGUCCUCUCCUCCCAUUUCGUGCUUUCCUCCUCCCCGCCAAGGCCCCUCUUCCUCCUCUUUCCCUCUUCGCCAAGCUCUUCCCUCCUCUUCCCCUCUUCGCCAGCCUUUCUCUUCGUCGUCUCUUAUCCUCCUCUUUUCAUCCCAAUGACCAUCGUCCCUGCUUCCCUCUCUUCGCUCCCUCCUCCAGCCAUCGCCACUUCUUUGCGUUCUCCGCGCUUCCCCAACGCUGCCUCCUCCCCUUGCAUCCCUGGACGUCAUCGGCCGCUCAGCUGA